UCCUUAGCUAUGUUGGGCCUUGGUGACAAAACCAGAUAAACCCGGUCUCUGCCAAAGCAGCCAUUGUUCUCCAUGGAGCAUAGCCACCACUCCAUGGAGUAACCAUUGUUCUCCUAGGAGCACAAUUGUACUCCUAGGAGUCAUUAUACUGUAGCGAGUAGCACCUCCGACUAUAAGUAGUAGGGGGUUUAGUAUAGGAAUACCUCAGUUGUUUCUAUAGCCUCUCGGGCAGCGGCUGAGUUUCACUUAGGUUUUAUUACCGACUAUGUCGGAGCCUUUGACAACAGGACAUUGUGCCUCUAUUCUCAUCCAAUACUGCCCUGCUUGCAUCGGAGGUACUGUCUUUGGGAGGCCUCUAGAUGAAGGUGGUGAUAUCCACGUCGCUACUGAUGGCAAUUUCCAUCAUUGUUACGCUUGUGAUGUACAAGCUUGGUAACAAGAGGGUUUCUGG